AUCCAGAUCUAAACAGUAACCAAACCCAUAAUCUAUCGUCAUCAUCAGAACAAAAUUACAGGAGCAAGUCGAUCAUACCAACAAAUUAAGUAUUCCUUAGACUAGCCCAGCCAGACAAGAAGCCCAAGACCAGCUGGAGUACUAGUAUUUUUGAAGCACAUACGGUUAAGUAACUCAGCACAGUGAAGAGUCCAAAGCAAGAGCACAAGAUGGGCAUGGGCAUCAGGUGCAUGUGGGGGAGAUGAUGAGUACGCAAAAAAGAGAAAGAAACCAACAGGGUGAGUAAUGGAGGAGGAGUAGAGAGAGAAGAGCUCCUCAAAGGCAAAGAACAAGCAGAGGGAGCCCAUCCCCCGUGAUCAACAGCCAAGAAGCGGAGAAAGUGGGAGAGGAAAGAGGCGAGGUGGCGCAUUUGACUCCAGCCUCCGGCAUACGCCAGCCGGCGACCUUCGGGCUUCCGGCGGCGCUCCGGCUGGGUGGAUCUUGUAGGGAGCGCACUAGUCGGAGACGGAGGAUGAGAGGUUUCUUGGGCGCAUGGAGAGUUGAUGCCUCGUCCCACUGGAGCUCUGGUAUCUGAGAUAUCCACUUAUUCUAGCUUAUACCUCCAUCAUCAGUUCAGCACUGUUUCUCUACAGUACUCCCGUGGCAGUAGUGAUUUUGUGUGCAUUGGUAGUUUUCUUCUAGCUUUGUGGUCGCAUUGUGAUCAGAUGUGAACAAUAUGCUCACAAAGGGACCAUCUUCAGAUGUUCUUAGAGCAAGUAUUUCUAGUGCCCCAAGUACAUCUAGCCAUGGUUCUGCACAAGAUGAAUGCGAUUCUUUAGGGGAUGUGUAUGUGUGGGGCGAGGUUGUCAGCGAUAAUUCUGUACGAACUGGUUCCGAUACUGUAAUUAGAUCAACUAGCAGGACUGAUAUCCUCCUUCCAAAGCCAUUGGAGUCCAGUUUAGUUCUUGAUGUGUAUCAUGUAGAUUGUGGGGUCAGGCAUGCUGCAUUGGUCACAAAAAAUGGUGAGGUUUUUACGUGGGGUGAAGAUUCUGGAGGUCGCCUUGGCCAUGGAACACGGGAAGAUUCUGUUCACCCUCAUCUGGUUGAGUCUUUGACAGUUUCCAGUGUAGAUUUUAUUGCCUGUGGGGAGUUUCAUACUUGUGCUGUUACAACGACGGGUGAACUUUAUACCUGGGGAGAUGGAACUCACAAUGUUGGACUUCUGGGCCACGGUACUGAUGUAGGACACUGGAUACCUAAAAGGAUUUCUGGAGCAUUGGAAGGUCUUCAAGUUGCUUAUGUCUCUUGUGGGACCUGGCAUACAGCCUUGAUUACAUCCAUGGGUCAAUUAUUUACCUUUGGGGACGGUUCAUUUGGGGUACUAGGCCAUGGAGAUUUAAAGAGCAUUUCUUACCCAAGGGAGGUAGAGUCAUUGUCAGAGUUGAAAACAAUUGCAGUGGCAUGUGGUGUAUGGCACACUGCAGCUGUUGUAGAGGUUAUUGUCACUCGGUCCAGUUCAAGUGCAAAGGUAUCUUCUGGAAAGCUAUUCACAUGGGGAGAUGGUGACAAGAAUCGACUUGGUCAUGGUGAUAUAGAAGCUCGACUUAAGCCGACUUGCGUGGCUACCCUUAUUGAUUAUGAUUUUUACAGGGUAGCAUGUGGUCACUGUCUUACUGUAGGCUUGACAACUUCUGGACAAGUCUUGAGCAUGGGUAAUGCUGUUUAUGGACAGCUUGGAAAUCCUCAUUCAGAUGGAAGAGUUCCGUGUUUAGUUGAAGACAAGAUUGCGGGCGAACAUGUUAUCCAAGUUGCUUGUGGUUCCUACCAUGUUGCCAUUUUGACAAGUAGGAGUGAAGUCUUUACAUGGGGAAAGGGAGCUAAUGGAAGAUUGGGUCAUGGAGAUAUAGAGGAUCGGAAGAUACCUACACUGGUUAAGGCAUUGAAAGAUAGAGCUGUGAGGUACAUAGCCUGUGGUGCAAACUUCACUGCUGCUAUUUGCCAACAUAAAUGGGUUUCUGGAGCUGACCAAUCACAGUGCUCUUCAUGUCGACAGCCAUUUGGGUUUACUCGAAAGAGGCGUAACUGCUAUAAUUGUGGACUUGUCCAUUGUAAUGCAUGCACCUCACGGAAGGCUUUGAGAGCAGCAUUGGCUCCUAACCCUGGGAAACCUUACCGUGUUUGUGAUUCAUGUUUCAUGAAGUUGAAUAGUGCAUCAGAUUCUAAUUCAGCUAACAAGAGGAAAGACUCUGUUCCAUACCAACCUGGUGAAAGCAAUGGCGACACUAAAAUAGUGAAACCUAUUUUGCCUAGUAAUAUGGAUAUGAUUAGAAGUUUGGAUAUCAAGGCAGCACGACAAGGAAAGAAAACUGAUGGAUUGUCAUUUCUCCGGAAUCCUCAAGUUAGUUCACUACUGCAGCUGAGUGAUAUUGCCUUAUCUGGUGGCAUAGACAUGAACAGAUCAGCUCCGAGAGCAGUACGCACAUCAGCAAUUCGAUCAGUAACAUCUUCAAGGGCUGUUUCCCCUUUCUCUCGCAAGCUGAGUCCACCACGCUCUACCACACCAGUUCCAACAGCUCAUGGUCUUUCUCUCUCAAAAAGUGCUACUGAUAAUCUCGUGAAAGCAAAUGAGCUCUUAAAUCAGGAAGUUGAAAGGCUGCAUGCACAGGUUGAUAACCUGAGAAAUCGCUGUGAGCUUCAAGAACUUGAGCUACAAAAAUCAGCCAAGAAAGUACAGGAGGCCAUGACACUGGUAGCAGAAGAAUCUGCAAAAUCGAAAGCUGCAAAAGAAGUUAUAAAAUCUUUAACAGCUCAGCUGAAGGAUAUGGCUGAGAGAUUGCCGCCAGAACACGGCGUCUAUAAUGUCAAUGAGACAAAGCAAGUACAUGUUCCAAAUGGCAUCGAGUCACAUGCUGCUAACUACUCUAGCAUGAAUGGUAUUCACCAGCCACGGAAUGAGUUGCUCACCGCUUCAAUUGCACAUAGUCCAAACUCUGGACGAUCAUCGCAUUCCAAUGGAAUCUCAGGCCAACAUAAACUACUGGGUAAUGUCAUUGAAAAUAGUGAUUGCAGCACUCACAGCCUAAGGAUUACCAGUCCUCACGAAUCGGAGCUUCCUAAUCGAAGAGCAUGCAGCAGCAGUGAUGAGAUGCUGACAGCAAGCAGUAGAGUGGAAGAUAAUGGGAGCAUAGAUGCUAGGUCCCUUCAAAAUGGUGAGGAUGGCUACAAGCCUCGAGGCACAAUAUCAUUACACAGCAACCAAGUUCAGGCCGAGUGGAUCGAGCAGUACGAACCCGGUGUAUACAUAACACUUACAACCCUCCGUGAUGGGACUCGGGAUCUAAAGAGGGUUCGCUUCAGUCGAAGACGAUUUGGUGAGCAUCAGGCUGAAAAUUGGUGGACUGAGAACCGUGAAAAAGUGUAUGAGCGAUACAACGUGAAGAGCUCUGAACGUGUGUCGUCAGCAGCCUCAACCCGGUCUGCGUAUUGACUUGAGGAUGACCUGUGACAUCAUGGAACUUGUUUCCACUGCAGAAAAACUGCAAGACUCGAAGAUCACCAGCUACAAGAUAUCCAAUGAGGCACGAAUCUAAGGUCAUGAUACUGGGAGAUACCAAAAGACACGUGGCAAUUUUUUUUUACGCAAGAUAGAAUGAUAGUCAACUUUUGUUUUGUAUUGAAUCGCCCAGGGCUAUGCCAUCAGCCUGUUUUGGUGAAAUGUACAUAGAAAAACUGAUGAAAUCAUGAAACCAAUAAUGUCAGGGAAAGAGGAGCCCUGUUGUAGGUCACCAUUCCUUUUCAGGCAUAUGCUUAUGCGUCAGUAAUAAUUAUAUGGUAAAGUUGUUAUGUUUUUGU